CUAAGGUGCAGUCAAAAACCGGGACAGUAAAGACGUAGACGUAUAUUUACGAUGUUUUCUCUGGGAAUUUUUAUGCUCUGUGUCGUUUAUUCUGUAUGUGCACACAGUUUGGGUGGAAAGUCCGACUCCUUCCCUCAUCAUGUGGUGUUGGAUCCAGAAGAAAAAUUCCACCUGUUUUGGAACUUUGACCACCAUGAAAUCAUCUUUGAGGUUCAGGUGAUGACUCUGGGGUAUGUAGGUUUGGGGUUCUCUCCCAAUGGGGACAUGACCGGCUCGGAUAUGGCGAUCGGCUGGGUGGAGGACACCACAGGAAAAGCCAAUUUACAGGAUCGCUUUGCCCCCGGACGCUUUGAGCCUGUCGUUGACCUGAUCUCUGACUACAAGCUGUUGAGCGGCUCUCAAAACGGUACACACACAAUACUCAGGUUCAGUCGGCGGCUCAAUCUCUGCUCAAAGGAUGACUUCAGUAUCAACAAUGACACGAUCCGUGUUAUCUGGGCUUACAGCGACUCUCAGCCUGGUCCGGAUGGACACAUAUCAUACCAUUUGCAGAACAGAGGGACGAGGAGUAUGUAUCUGCUGACCUACAACCAGGAUUUGCCACCAUUACCCACUGAUACCGUCACUCUGGAUCUGGUCAACUCGAAUGUUCUCAUCCCAGACAAGGACACCACCUACAUGUGCACCUCCUUCAGGAUCCCUGAACUGAGUGGUAAACACCAUGUCAUACAGGUGGAGCCCGUGGUUCAGCCUGGUCGUGAGGCGGAAGUGCAUCACAUCGUCUUGCAAAUCUGCACGUACAACUCCAGUGCCAGUAUCGGGGUGACCCACGAGUGUCGCCAUCCAAACAUGCCCCCAGAGUGGUGGACUUGCGCAUCAGCCUACUUUGCGUGGGCCAUUGGCGGAGGGGUGUUUUCGUUUCCGGAACAUGUUGGGAUGCCGAUUGGAGACAGCGAUGAACCUAUGAUGUUUUUACUGGAGGUACACUACGAUAAUCCGAGAUUACAGUCAGGCAUGCGUGAUUCUUCCGGCCUACGAUUGAUCAUGACGUCACAGUUACGUCAGUAUGACGCCGCUAUAAUGGACAUGGGUAUGAACGUGUAUGAAGGCCAUGUCAUACCGCCGUACCAUAAAGAGUUUCUUAGCGAGGGAGCUUGUUCCAGCGAUUGUCUAAGUCAGGGAAUGGGAAAUCAGACUGAUGAAAUCCAAGUCUUUGCGGUCUUCCUUCACGCACAUCUGGCCGCCCGGAAAAUUCGCUUACGUCAUAUUCGGGAUGGCAAGGAGCUGGACGUAAUUGCGCAGGACAACAAUUAUGACUUCAACUUCCAAGAAACGCGUCUUUUGUCAGAGGAAAAGGUUAUCCGGAAGGCAAGUAUGUUUUACUGGAUUGUUGAGCACCGACGUAAUUGUAGAACCGUUUCGAUCUUUAUACGUACAUUUGUGAUCUUGACCAGUUUUCUGCCAGGAUUGUUGUUUUUGAUGUACUGUACACCGUACAGGUGA